GCGUCUGUUGUCGCGGCCUCUGAUUCGACUGUAAAUAGAGACCCGGCUGUCCGUCUCGCUCUGCUCCGGGGAACCGGGGGAAGAGAAGAUGCUGAGAACCGAGAGUGAAAUGUCAAACUAAGGCGAAAUGGCCCGGAAUUUAGGCUCUUUCCUAUUAAAUAACGUGCAUCCUGGUUCUCAUAGUGGACUCUCAUCAAUAGAGAUUAUAAUACUGUAAAGAUCGGCGGUUGAUAUUGAAGGAAAAAACCAAAACAUUUUUGUUUGUUUUUAACGGAAGGGUCAUUUAUCUAAUAUCCCCGAUCUCGCAGUUCAUUCCGAGUGAAGGCGAGGAGAAAAGAAUGCUCCAGGAUGAGUCAGAGGGACACCCUGGUUCAUCUGUUUGCUGGAGGUUGUGGGGGCACAGUUGGCGCCAUCUUGACGUGUCCGCUGGAGGUUGUGAAGACGAGGUUGCAGUCGUCCUCGGUGACUCUCUACAUCUCCGAGGUGCAACUGAGCUCCAUGGACGGGGCCAGUGUCGCCCGCAUGUCCCCUCCCGGACCCCUGCACUGCCUUAAGUUGAUUUUAGAGAGAGAAGGUCCUCGAUCACUUUUCCGUGGCCUUGGACCUAACCUGGUUGGGGUGGCUCCAUCCAGAGCAAUCUACUUUGCAGCCUACUCAACGACCAAAGAGAAGCUAAAUGGUGUAUUCGAACCUGACUCCACGCAAGUGCACAUGGUCUCCGCCGGCCUCGCUGGGUUCACAGCGAUCACGGCUACCAAUCCUAUCUGGCUCAUAAAGACUCGCCUACAAUUGGAUGCCCGGAACCGUGGAGAGAGGCGCAUGAGCGCAUUUGAGUGCGUGAGGCGCGUGUACAAAGCCGACGGGCUCCGCGGCUUCUACCGCGGCAUGUCGGCCUCUUACGCGGGCAUCUCCGAGACGGUCAUUCAUUUUGUCAUCUACGAGAGCAUCAAGCGUAAACUCCUCGAGUCCAAAGCGAGCGCCAACAUGGACGACGAAGACGAAUCGGUGAAGGACGCCUCCGACUUUGUCGGCAUGAUGCUGGCCGCCGCAACCUCCAAAACUUGCGCCACGUCCAUCGCGUACCCACACGAGGUGAUCCGUACCCGGUUGCGGGAGGAGGGCAGCAAGUACCGCUCGUUCUUCCAGACGCUGAGCGUGGUGGUCAGAGAGGAAGGAUACAGAGCAAUGUAUCGAGGCCUCACAACCCACCUGGUCCGCCAGAUCCCCAAUACAGCCAUCAUGAUGUGCACCUACGAGCUGGUAGUCUACCUGCUCAAUGGCUAAAAAAAAUCAAAUAAAACCCGCGAAGGACAAGAAGAGGAAUAGGUCGAGUGAAAAACAAGAGCGGCAGAAAAAUAGCGACGGGUGAAGCAGAGAGAAAUUUGUCCCUUUCACGAGACCAAAUUUGGCAGCGCGAUCAUCUGAGAUGAAGGGCAAAAGAGAGAGAUAGGAAGUACAGCUUGAUGGGUUACGCCACAAGAGGGUGCUGCUGGCACACGGCUGGAAUGAUGAAGUUCGCUUCAAACCAACCCGGAUGAGAGAAGAAGGAAGGAAAUCAAAGUUGGCCUGUUUCUCUUCUGAACCUGAAAUGUGAAAGUCCUUAAAGGACUGUCAAAUGGGGGGGGGGAUGCUUGAAAACAAACAAACAAAAACUAUUGGUAUUUGUCAUGAGUUAUUUUUUUUUUACUUUGUGUGUACGUGUCUCUUUUCUCCUUUUUGAGAGGGCCAUUGCCCCUUUGAAAUUCUGUCUGAAUGCUUCUAUAUGAAGCGUUGAUUUAUCGUAAUUCCUGGCAACCUGCGACGAAACCAAUUUCAAGUUCGCACCAGUGGGGGGAAAAAAGUGCCGUUUGCUCGUUUUUCAAACAUUUCCCUCUAGAGGUCAGCGUUUUGACUCUGGCGCUUUGGUUUCCCCAAGUACGCACAACAAAGUUCGUGAUCUUCUGAUGCUUUUUUUUUUUUUUUUUGCCUACUUCAAACUGAAGUGUUGUCCAUUCUGGAUUUUUUUUUUUAGACAUCCUUUUUUGCCCGAGUUGUUUCUGACAACUGGCUCGUCUGUUCAGACCCAAGCAAUUGGCAAUUAAUUGAGACCUGGAUUUUUGUGUGGUGGGGGAAAAAAAAUCUAACAAAGCACCGUUAUUUGAAUAUAAAUAUAAAAAAAACUAUUGUUGUAUCCAGGAGCACAAAUUAGCAAGGGGGAUUACAUCAUGUCCCGCUUUGUAGCUCCUGUCCUAGGUACCAGAAAUUCAACCCCUAAACCCCCCCUCCCAAGCAGAGGCUUGGCUUUUCCAACCGUAUCCAAAUAUAUAUUCAUAUAUGCACUUUGUAGCGUUUUUCCAGGCUACACGUUCUUUAUGUUUUCUGUGUUUACGACAGUUUACUAUAGAACUUAUACUAAUAGAGUAUUUACUGUAUAAGCAAGACAGUGUUUUGCACCACAGUUCCUUUUCGAAGGCUGUUGUACAGAUCAGUCUAGUAAACUUCUAGUGAAGGACAUCCCUGUGUUUUGUGUAUAUAGUGUAUAAAAAAAAGAUAUGUAUGUAUAAUAGAUAUUCAGUGUUCCUAUGAUUUUAUGCAGUCGGUUUUAAGAGGAACGAAUGAUUCAUUGUUCCGGGUUCGUUUCAGCCUUCAGCGUGUUAAGAACCAGGGACGUUCCGUUCAAUAUAAAAAAAAUACAUAUACCAAAAUGACCAAAAUGUGGAUUAAUAUCAAAUUCAGUUCAAUUCAGCGAGCACUGAGACACUUCCUUUCCCUCGUACUCGCUUCGAUGCAUCCUUAUUUAUUUAAUUUCUUUUCUUUUUUUUUCCCCACUUUUUAAAAAAAUCCGUUAUUUCGUCAUUGAAUCGACACUGCGAUUCUUUAGAUCCGUUUGCGAACCUUACGAACGUUCCGACUACAAAAUUGAAUUUAAAAAAACAAAAUGAGAAAAAAAAAAAAUUCAGUAUUGAUAAAUCUAACGAGCUCAAGACGCCUCUCGCAUUAGGCUUUGCUGCUGACCGAGCUGUGGUGUAUUGUAUUAAAGGAUUAUUUUUAAAUCCUGGAUGACAAAAUUGAAAUCGAAUGAAAUCGGCGUCGGGUCACAAAAUUUACAAUUGUCAUCUUAAAAAAAAAAAAAAAAUCACGAUUGAUGUAAUUAAUAACGUGGUACCAAAAUAAAAAAAAUGACUAUUGAUCAUUAAAUAUUCAGAGAUUUGUAAAUUUUUAACAGAAAUACAAAUGUGUUAUUAUUCUAAUUGAUUUAUGGGAACCUUUCGAAUCGACUUGACAUCAGAUGCCCCCCAAAUCCGCCCCGCCAACGUACACCACGUUUCCAUGUUAAGGUUUGCUUCGUAAUUCGAUUGUUCAAAAUCGUAAUUUAAAUGUUCACACAGGGUCAACACUAACUGUUCACAUAUCAGCAUUUGAUGUAAUUUUUUUUGUGUGUGUGUAAAAAAGAAAAAAAAAAAAAAAGUGACGUUUGCUAGUUAUGUAAUAUCAUUUUUGUACAAAAAAGUGAAUAAAAAGCACAUAAUUGAA